UUACGUUCCUUUCUUAUACUACUCUAUGUUUUUCGCGCUAAAAAUAAUGUCAAAAUUAAAAUAAAAUAUUUAUAAAUAUAUAUUUGUCUCUAAUCUGUGUUAUAAAUUAUUGAAGCCCCUAGAGAGCCAUGAUAUUGAAAAAUUGUUAAAAUAGUUUAUCAAAAUUACAAAAAUAGUUAUUACGAGAUUUAAUGAUUUGUAAUUUUUGUGUAUCUAAUUCACCCAAUUUUCAUUAUGUCGCUCCUUGAAGAUGUUUUCUUAGAGGACGAAGCUGGUGAAGCCCAGGAGUUGGAACGUGUUAUCGAGGGCGAUGAGUAUGAUGAAAGGCCGCAGUCAGUUUCCAGAGACAGCGACAGUAAUAGUGAAAAGGAGGACGAAGCGGUGGAAGAUAAAAGGCGUGUUGAUCCUACAAAGGCAAAGACAAAGAGAGUUAUUAAGAAUCCCAGGUUCAUUUUGAAUCCAGCUCGGCUGACUGGUCCCAGGGGGAUACAGGUUAUUCCAGAACAUUUUAAGGAUUUUAAGUUUAAAGGUAACGGCCAUGAGAAAGAAGAUUUGGAUUUGGUAUUAAAGAAACUGGAGCAUUGGGCUUAUAGACUGUACCCAAAGUUUGAAUUUGAAGACUGUUUGAAGAAGAUUGAGAUGCUUGGCAAAAAGAGGCCUGUUAUGGUGCAUUUACAUAAAAUCCGAUCAGAUCAAUUGAUAACAGAAGAGACAGUUGUACAGAGAGACUCCAGUGAUGAGGAAGCUCCAACUGCGCCAGAAGAGGAUGAGUUUGAUAAACUUCUACAGCAGCAGAUUGAGUUGGCUAGGUCCACACCAACAGCAAAUUCUGUAAAACCGAUGUUCAGUGCAACAAAAGUAGAUAAGAGAUCACCACUUACUAUGCCGAAAGCUGUUUCUUCACCGUCAAUAACAGAUGAACAAAAGGAAAGGAUGCUUCAAAACAGAAGACUGGCUGAAGAAAGAAGACUUGCUAGGCUUCAAAAUACUAUAAAUAAAAACGAUAACGCUGCAAUUGUCAACAAAGAGCCUGUAGUUGUUGAUGAUUAUUCAAUUAAAAAUACAACUAAUAAUUCAGAUUCUUCUGAUAUUAAUAACGAACCUAUUAUUGUUGAAAAUGACUUUGCAAAUGAAGGAAUCACUGGUGCUGAUGAAGAUGAGCCUAGAAAAAAGAAGCAUAAUAGAUCAAAUGUGAUUGAUAGUUCAGAUGACGAAUGCGAAGUAGUUGUCAAUCAGUCAAUAGCAGUUGAUAUACAUAAUGAUAAAAAUGAUACGAAGAUAGGUACUGCAAGUAAAGACAACAUUUCUGUUAACAAGGAUUCUACAGCAAUCAAUGAUGAUAUUCAAAUGCUAGAUGAAGUGAGUAAUGAUUCUAAUAUAAUUAAUGAAAACGUAGAUAGUGUAAUAACAAAAAAAGGUAGUAACGAUGUUAUAAUAAGUAAUAAUGAAAUUGUUGGAGAAAAUGAUAAUGGAGCUAUUGUUGAUAAUGAAAAUAGAAAUGCUGAUGUGAUUUCUAAUGACAAAGGUAUUUCUAAUUGUGAUAUAAGAUUAUCUGAUAUGCAAACAGGUGUAGUAGAUAAUGACACAUUUGAACAUAGAGAGAAAUAUAACAUGAUAAGUUUCACGGAAAAGAAUAUUAUUUCAAAGGAUAAUACAGAUGGUUUAGUCAGUGAAGAUUUAGUUAAACAUAUCAACGAUGAUAAAGUAAUAAACUCAGAUGAACAUUUUAAUGAUGAAAUUGAGAAAAUAAAUGACAAUGAAACAAUAAAUAAUGAACAUGAUAAAAAUGAGAAAUCAAGGAAUAGCACCGAGGGAAAUGGUAAAAAUAAUGAUUUUGAUGAUUUAAUGGAUGUUGACUUCACUGAUGACUUCUAAAUUGUUGGGAUAAUAUAUUUAUUAUUAUUAAAUAAAACACAUAAACACA